AUGUGCUGUACGAUGUUUCCUUUUAGUAAUCAAAAUGCAAAAAAGAAAACAAUUGCCGAAAAAGCGCGGGAAGAACGUGAACAACGAGAAAAUCAACGCAUUAAGCAAAAGAAGGAUCAGAUAAAGUCGCAGGCUGCUGUAAUAAUACAAUCUGCUUAUCGAAAACAUGAUUAUAAGAAAAAAGAAAAAAACCAAUUGCGAAUAUUGUGGGAUACUGACUCUGGAUUCGAUUUAAAUAAUACUAGCUCGAAUCAAUCUGCUACAACAUCCUCGAUAGAGAUUCUUGGGCUUGCGUAUCUACUUUUCGCUUUUUUCAAUUCAGAUGAUCCAACCGACAAAAUCAGAUUUUCUCAUCUCUGCAAAAUAAUUUUAUUCACCACAUCCUCUUCUACAACAGCAGCAAAGCAGAGUGCUCAGCAAAGGGUAGCACCAUUUCACUUGUUGUUACUAAGUAAAAGUUACGCGGUACCGACUCAGAAUAUGAUGAAAAAGAUUCUUUGGCAAUGUGUCGUUAGUGCAGCCGGAAAUUCUCUUGAUAAUGCUGGCGUAUCUUCAGUCACCUCUAAAUCCACUUUAUACUUAUCCGGAUCAGAGUUGAGGCUGGAAAUAUUUCGUGGGUAUUUGCAAAAUAGCAUUGCGUCUAACAACGAAACUUUCAUCACUGUCAGAAGAAACUAUGUGUUGGAGGAUGGGUAUAGGUAUUUGGGUGGAUUGACGGCAAUGCGUACGAAAGGACGGAUGAUUGCGAGGGCUGUUCAAGAAGGAAUUUUAUGUGAUGUUCAAUUUGCCGAGUUCUUCUUAAGCAAGUUGUCCGGAAGAGCGGUGUUUCUGGAAGAUCUGGUUGGAUUAAAUAAUGAAUUAUGGAAGAAUAUGAUGUUCUUGAAGAGAUAUGAUGGCAACGUGGAAGAUCUCGGACUAUAUUUCUCUAUCGAUGAAGAAAUCAACGGACAAAUUACAUCCAAGGAGCUUAAGCCGGGUGGUUCACAUAUGAUAGUAACAAAUGAAAAUAGAAUUCAGUAUUUGUAUUUUAUGGCGGACUAUCGGUUAAAUAAACAAAAUAAGGAACAAACAAAAGCAUUUAUAGACGGAAAAUUGGCUGAGGAUGUUUUCUCCACCAGAGUUACAGAGGUUAUUUUUAUUCUUAGACCAAUUAUUGAAUUAAAUAUUAUAAAUCAUGAACUUAUUGUAUUAAUUAGAGUGAUAUCAGGUGAAGAUGUUGAUUGGGAUCCGUCUGAUUUGCGUAAAUACUCUGUAUAUCAAGAUGGAUAUUUCGACCAACACAGAUGUAGAUCCCUUCACAUUAAACUUGCUCUUACCUUUGUUUGCAUAUUAAUUACUUCUUAUAAUUUAGCCGCCGCUUGGGGGCUUCAACCGCAAUUCACCGUCCGCCUGGUGUCAUCCGACCAAGAGCAAGGUCCUGAGCCCAGACUUGUGCUUGAACCAGUUAAAGCCUUCUUCAAUAUUGGCAAUUCUAGGUCAUCGAAAGGAAGGCUUCCAACAAGCUCUACCUG